AGCCACUCCACUACACUACAAUCUUGUCGUUUUCACCCCCAAAUUUUAUAAAAUACUAUGAUAAAACCCAUCAAAUUGACAUUAAAACCUACACAUAAUCACAAUUCCCAUACACAUCUUCAAGCACAAACAAUGUACGUGACGAGGACAUUGUCGCAGUUCAGAAAAUACCAGAAGACACUAUCGGAGGAGUCACCGGAGGGUCCAUUCUCCGGUGUUCUAGUUAUCACAGACGAAGAAGCAGAAACAGAUGAUACGUUCUGUUUCGGCAUGUGUAAGAGGACAAAAAUCGAGAAGCUUCCGUUCCCUCAAGACAAGAUCUUAUCAGUUGUUCACACAGACAGUUCCGGAAACAGAGAUACUUCGGUUAAGAAGGUCUUGUUCAUACCAGCUCUCGAUCAACCAUUAUCUUCGAAUCGGUAUUACGUUGUUCACGCUAGAGGCAGACAUAAAGGGAAAGUCUGUGUGUGUUCUAAGGAGAUAGAGAAAGGUCUAUGUUGUUUCCCAGAUAUCUUGUAUGAAAAAAAACCCAAACCUUUGGAUCCAAGAAACAUUUAUCAGACCGUGAAGAUCAACCGACAUCAUGACAAGACGUUCUUUGCCAAAUCUGUUGCCCCAGACGGUACACCACCUUCAUUUCUCAAGAAGAAAGGGUGGGAGCUACGAGCCUCUAGGAGCCUGCAUCCGAGGAGACCUAGAGAAGCUCUAGGCCUAGACGAUGAGCUAAGAGCCCGUCUCCCUGAAUUCGGAUUCUCAGUCUCAACAAUUCGGUCUGGGAGUGUGAUAGUAGGAGAAUGGUAUUGCCCAUUUAUGUUUGUGAAGGAGAAUGGUAGUGUAAGUCAUCAGAUGAAGAAGUCGAUGUUUUAUAGGAUGACACUAUCUCAAUACUGGGAACGGAUCUACCAUUGCGAAAACAAUAACUUGGAUGACACAAACGACGAAAACAAUGAUGAAGAUGAAGGACUGGUGAGGGUAGAAGCGAAUGUGUUGAGAGAGGCGAACUAUGUGAAGGGCAUAGAGGCGGUUAAGGGAGAGAAAGAAGGGCGUGGAGGGUUUUAUUGGUAUAUUCCGGUUCAAGGUUUGCGGGGACCGGGGGAGAGGAGGAGGAAGACGGGUUCUGGGUCUGCGGUGGGACUGAGUUUCGUGGUGGUGGAAAGAAUGAGAAGGGUAAUGGAGGAAGGAGGAUGGGUGGAAGGAGGGAGGAAAGUGGUAAGAGUUGAGAGAGAUGAACAAAUUGGUGUUUCUAGAAGAGAUUUUAGAGAUAUGAAUGGUAAUAAUGAUAGAGAAUGGAGGAGAUUUGGGUGUUAUGUGUUGGUGGAGAGCUUUGGAUUGAGAAGAGCAGAUGGAGUUUUGUUGGUUAAAUGUUUAUUUAGACAUACUCAAAGACUGAGAUGUAAGUGGGAGUGACCACUAGUUAUGUUGUAUUACAAAAAUAGAUAUAUACUAAAACUCAAUAUAACCCUUA